AGGCUUCAUUAGCUUAUUUAGCUAAAAGAGAACAACUUUUGAGGACAAACUACGAUUGUUGACUUCUACAUUGCGAUUAUUACCAAAUACCUACAAAGAAAAGCCCACUGAGGCCAUUUUUUCAUCCCACUUCUUCAUUGAGGACUGGAAACGAUAAAUUGUCCAAAAGCAGAGGAAAAUUUCCUGCUGAAGUGACUGAUGUCCACACUGUUGUAAAGAUGGCGUUUAUUAAAGAGGAGAGUGAAGAUGUGAAGAUUGAAGAAACAUUCACAGUCAAACAGGAAGAUCUGCAGGAACAAACAGACCUGAUGUUGCUGAAAGAAAAGACUCAUCAACAGAAUGAAAUGGAAGAGAAACAGCAAGACAUGACGACUGAUGAAAAACCCACACUGACGAAAAAGACUUUGUCAUGUGGAAGACCUCGGAAAUCCAAACUUAGGUGUAAUUUCAGCUGUAAACAGUGUGGAAAAAGUUUCAGUCAGAAGCCAAAGCUUGAUGUUCACAUAAGAGAUCACACUAGGGAGAAAGCUUAUACUUGCGAACAGUGUGGAAAGAGCUUCUAUAAUACAAGAAACCUAACAGUGCACAUGAGAAUUCACACUGGAGAAAGGCCGUACACAUGCCAACAGUGUGGGAAAAGCUUCCAUAAAACAGGAAACUUAACAGUGCACAUGAGAAUUCACACUGGAGAGAGGCCAUACACAUGCCAACAGUGUGGGAAAAGCUUUCAAACUACAGGAAACUUAACAGUGCACAUGAGAAUUCACACUGGGGAGAAGCCUUACUCUUGCCCUCAGUGUGGAAAAAGUUAUAGUCAAAAUAGCACCCUUGAAGUCCACAUGAGAACUCACAAUGGAGGAAAAACUUUUGUUUGCACACAGUGUGGUAAAAGUUUUGUUAAAAAACAAAAUCUUGACCUCCACAUGAGGAUUCACACUGGAGAGAAACCUUACACAUGCACAGAGUGUGGUAAAAGUUUCCCAUAUAAAAGCACACUCAAACACCACAUGAUAGUUCACACCGGAGAGAAGCCGUUUGCAUGUGCGCAGUGUGGAAAGAGCUUCACAUGUAAUGCUAACCUCAGGAACCACAUGAAUGGUCACACUGGAACCAUAGUGUUCACAUGUGAUCUGUGUGGAAAGAGUCUCACACACAAAUACUCCAUAAAGAACCACAUGAAGACUCACUCAGGAGAGCGUUUUAUAUGCAUUGAGUGUGGAAAGGGCUUUAAACAUAAAAGAAGCCUCAGCAAUCACAUGGAGCUUCACAAUGGAGAGCAGAGUCCUCAAAAUUAAGGCCUUGUCCACACAAACAUGAGUAUAUGCAUAACAGCAGCCUUUUCAUGUAGUUUGGCUGUUGAUUGACGUGAGGUUUAUUUAUAAACUACUUUCGAGAGGAUCACAUGCUUAUGAUUGUCCACGGCUGGUUCCACAUUAACCAACACAUGAUUCACCAAUCAGACGAUUCCUAACUCACUAUAAAUAACCAGAGUUUCUAACCUUAGUUAUCUUUAUCUUGAGGAAUUCCCCUCCCACCCCUACUCCUCCUCCUUUCUAGAAUGGGCAACACAGCAGCCCAGUGAUUAGUAUUGUUGCCUCACAGAAAGAUUGUCACAGCAAGAAGAGCCCUCACUGAACUGGUUGAUAUUUGUGGAGAGUUUGCUUAUUCUCCCCAUGCUCACAUGGGUUUUCCCCAGUUUCCUUCCACAGCCCAAAAACACGUAACCUAAGUAAACUGAAUAUUCUAAAUUGGCACCGUAGUCAAGUUCUUAGAAGCCAUAUAUCUCCCUUUAGCUAUCUGGAUAUCUGUCAUUAGAACAGAAACAAGUCGGGGGAGUUCAUUAAGAUCUACCUGAGCUCAAACUCCUCUCUCACCCUGCUAACGAGAGGUAGCCCAGGGCUCGAGGAUGAUCUUUUGGUUAGGAUGAUAUUUUGAUUAUGAUCUUUAUGCUCUCUCCCAUGACAGCAUGCCAAACCAGUGUGAACUUUUAAAAACAUACCAAAUUACUGGAAAUAAAACGCUUUGAACACCUGAAGAUUUAAACUCAAUUACUAAAAAAGAGUGAAGAUUUUGACAACUGUUUUGUUGUGUAGAUCAGCCCAGUACCAGGUUGUGAGAGUUGCUAUUGGGCUGCAAGAACGCAUAACUCUUUAUGUUGAUAGAUUGUAUGACUUGUUUCGUAUGCAAUCAAGUAUCAACGUCUAAAAAAGUGGAAACCAAAUAAGCUACAUCAACUCAAGAGAUGUGACCCAACCAAAGCAGUUGGAAAUUCUCGGGGGAGUUACAUCCUUUGUUAUAGUGUCUCACAGACAGUAAUUUGGGUUAAAUUACUUGAAAACCAACGAGUUAACAUCACUGCUGAGGAACUGCAUCAUUCUUUGUCUUCAAUAAACUUUUCCCCCUGUAA